AUGGAUUCAAAUACUGCACCUAGACCCAUUCCAACAAUCCAUUUACCUGCUUUGCAAUCUUCUCCCCCAACUCAGCAUUUGCCUGGUGACUUGCUCGGCUUUCCAGAUCCUCCAGCACCGCUUGUGUUUCCAGUCGACCCAGCUGACAUUUCCAACACUGAUAGCCGGAAGGUUACUCGCUUGUGGCCAUCCUGCAUUCCCCUCUUUACCUUCACAGAACAUUCAUGUUUGCAGGAGCGUAAGGAUCGGAUUAUACAGGUACUUAAGCUCAGCAAGAACAAGAGACUCAGGAAUAACCUACGAACCACCAGUGACCGUGUAUUGAAGUAUAACCAGUACACAGAGACCUUCUCGGAAGAAACAGGCAUGCUAGAUCGCCUUCUCACGUCCGUUUUUGCCUGCACCACGUUCACGAAAGAUGUCGUCUACAAGAUGGAUGAGAACAUCUAUCAGAGACUUCACACCAGGUUAACGACUCGCCGUGCAAUAGCUUCCUCGUCUCUCAAUUCAUUUGGUUAUUCAGAUUUUAAAGUACCUACAUGGGCCAUCAACACCGCGAAAGGUUUGACAGCCAACGACUUUGAGAUAUAUGCCUUGCAGUAUCGCAUUCGUGUUGAGCACUUCCUUCAUAUGCUUGACUUUGUCCAUGACUGGAGUAAGCUUCGGACACGCGUAUACCUAGACGAAAAUCUCCUGGAAACCGUUCAGCGUAGUGCUGACAGAGCCCGUCUCGAGAAAAGGGAUUAUUACCUUCCUGUUGUUCCUCCCAUAACAUAUUCUAACCCUAUCAAGUCGAAGACCUCUUGUCAGGCCUCAGCCUCCGACUUGAGUGGGGAGGGAGUACACUAUGCUGCUACAAGAGACACGGAAAGGCAUCCAAGUAACUUGCAGGCCGCUGAAAGACGAGGGAGACACGAGAAUUUGCAUACGGCAGACUAUCGAGGUCAGAUCCCUGCAGACUUGUAUAAAAGAAAUCCUUCUUUGGACAAGGCGCUAGUAGGCAAGAGCGUUUAUCACGGAUGCUCUCCUAGCAAUCCUGAUUCAGGUCAAGGUGGAGACAAUGGAGACCGACUUGUAUCUUGUCGAUCUUCAUAUAACCAACGAAUCCCUGCAUGCUACGUUCACUCGGAGCGUACUAGCGUUCGUUUUGACACCACAUUCAAACCAAUGAAUGUACCUCCUUGCAGCAGCAACCCGGACACGAGAGUUAGUUGCGAGAACAAAUUCAACAAUACUCCAACCCUUAAUCAUAACACCGGUAUUCCAAUCCUUCACUCACCGACCAAAAAUGAGGUUCGCACCUUCCGAAUUGCUUCGAAUACACCAUGUAUACCAUUUUCCAAGAAGGGGUUACCACGUAAAGUGAGACGUCACAUUGACAAGGUGGAGAGACAGCGACAGAGAGAAAAUCGUCGGCGCCCAAAUUUACCGCUAGAAGAAACACGGCCACUAUUCUGCUAUACCUCCUUCCGAAAGAAAACCAUGACGGUUGAAGCCAGGGUAUAUUACUUUCAUCUCGACAUCCCAAGAGUCAUCAUGGAUUCAGGAUUGGAUAUGGCUUUCGCAUUCCAUAAGGCGUUUAAGAUGGUUUUUAUAUGGCCAAAGGUUCGCAAGAAGAUCAACCUCAAUAGGCAGGUUAUAGAACGGACCAGGCAAACUGAAAGUCGGUCGCACAAGCAACAUCUCGGAAGACACGGAAUGGAAGUUGAAACACCUAUUGCAUCGGCUAUUGAUGGGGAGCAUCGAAACGAAGUUUAUGUCCUAUUUGACACAAGUCAGUUCACCAAGCUCCAGUCACACCGCCGGACCCAGAAAGCUUAUUGCCGUUCGAAACAUCGAAGUGUACCAGGGGAUAUCCGAGCCAAAAAAUACAUUGUGAUACUUGCGAAACCAAAGCCGGCUGCCGGUCGUGAUAACCGAUUUCUUAGUGUAUCCUUUGCAUCCUCGACAAACGCUCCCACGAUUCCUAUCAUGCUGGAAGCCACGGCGACUGAACGAGAUUCAAAGCGACUACUCACAAAUUGUCCACAGAGUGUCGAGUUCAAUGCAACGUCUUUGAGGGCCAUGCCAGAGAAGACGGAGUGCGACCAAUUACAUCGGAGUGUUCAGCUCAACACUAGUUCAAACGGCGUACCCUUCCACAUUUUUAUCAUGCGUAUUGGAGUAUCUCGCAUCUCUCCUUUCGGAAAUUCCCAAACUGGCCUUCUAAUGUGUUCGACAGACGUAGCGCCGACCGUGGCACAAACGGAAGUUCAUACGAGCCUGAGUAUCGCUCAACAUAGACGACGCAUCAUUCACGCAUCAGGAAGCGACCAUGAAGCCAUAAGCAUACCAUUAGAAUUCCCGACCAAUAGAAAACGACACCAUCAGAAAAGAAAUCAGCUCACCGGGCCCAUGAGGCAACUUGAUGACCAGAUUCGGGAUCCGGGUAUCAACAUACAAGGCAUGGUCGAAAUCAACAUUAUCCUGGACAAUGAGGCAGGAUACUCUUAUGUAUGGUGGAAGGACUCAAAGCCGGGCACAGUCUCGAGGGUGAACGAACCAAUAUUGGUAUUGAUAACACAGCGAAAGGAGGGCCGCGGCGAUCAACAUCAUCAAUAUCAUUCCCAUUUUGGAAACAACUCCGAACCGGGAACUACGAAAGCCGAUUCCCCUUGCUAUCACCGCACGAUGGAACCGUCUUCCAUGCAUGCAUCUCCCAAACGACCUUCUGGCACAUCUUGUGACAGAAAAUAUUUUGAAUCUAGUAUAAACGUUAAACCAGAGACAUGUCAUUGGGCUCAAAUGUUUCGUCGAUAUUUGAAACAUUAUCCAGUACAAGGAGAGGUCCGAUAUCUAAGAUACCGCGCUAGAUUAUCGACCCGUGUUCACUCCCUGAUGAGGCAAUGUGUCCUAUUUCUCGAACAACACGCCAGCCGAGAAACUCGUUGGCAGCAAGGAGAAGACUUACCCUGUCGCCUCAUCUACCGGCUCUCUGUCUUUCAUAUUUCAAACAUCUGCUGUUCUCUAACAGCAAUAGGAAACUGGAAUACAACCAGUCCUGUUCGUAUUCCUGGUAAAGGGUUGUACAGGAUUUGUAGGGGAAGCCGAAAAAUGAAACGACGACCACACAUCACACCAAAGAGUUGGGGUAUUAGGACAGUGCGUAAUCCGCAUCGAAUUGCUAUCCGAAUUAAGGCGCAGACAUUUCCAAAUGCCACCUCCAAAGAGUUCAACAUCACCACCAGACACGAACUCAUCAUGGCAUUCCUCCAUUGCCUUCCCAGCUUCACUUUCAUUCUUGCAGACAAGGAACUUGGAGAAUUCCUGGACUGUCGAGACUUGCGUAAAUUCCAGAAACCUCAAUUUCCGGCAAUUCCUACUGUCCUAUGGGACUGGGACUUUACAACUGGGCUCGGGGAUCGACAGCAGCAUGUCUCAAGGAUUCGGUGCUCGCCUCGAUUGGAAUUCCUUUGUCCGCUUAUUCCGGAAUCAAUCAGUUUCCCUAGGUUUUCAGUUUACCCCCACUUGUCAAUGAUAGCAGAAGUCGCAGCGAUUAAACAAGAGUUAAGGCGACUACUCACAGAGCGUCCACAGAGUGUCGCACUCAAUACAGUAUCAUGGAAACCCAAUUUGACAGAGAACACUGAAAACAAACAAUUAAAACAUCGUGUUCGGCUCAUCACUAGUUCAAACGACGUACCCGGUGACAAUUUUAUCAUGCAUAUUGCAUUCUCUCCCAUCGUUCCUUCUGGACAUAAAGAAGCCAGUCUUCUAGCGCAUUUAACAGGCCUAGCACCGACUGCGCAACUACCAGAGGUUGAUACAGAAGUCAUUGGGCGAAGGCGAUGCCUACAUACAUCAGGGAAUGAAGUGAAUGAUACUGAGACCUCAAGGCAAUGCAUAAAGGUGGACACAAUCUCGAGCGUGAAUGGAACGAUGGUGGAAUGGAUUAGACGGCAAAAUGAUGGGGCCCAUCAUCAAUAUCAUUCCCGUUUUGGAAACUGCUCCGAGGAACCGGCUCUUGCCGAUUCUCCGCUUCAUCGCACGAAGCUUUCCUCUAUUCGCGUAUCGUCCGGGCUUUGUUUGUAUUUACCCAUAUACAUGCUUGUUAUUGCGGAACAAGUUUGUCAUUUACCCAAUCUUCGACUCAUCGGCUCAUGUAACAGCAAAAGGCCUGUCGGUAAUGCCAUUUCCGAAGGCGAUUAA